AUGACUUUGCCUUCAUGUCAUAAAUUAUUAAAUAAUCCUUCAAAUAAGUUGUAUCAGCUCAAAACUUACCCUUCUGUUAAAGGUGUCGUCAAUGAAGCAGAUGAAACUAAGGUUUACUUUAAUUAUCUGGCACAUCGUGUGCUUCAUUUAAUCUUCAUCAAACAUUUGUGUUUUGUUUCAACUGAAAACUCUCAAAUGGAUACGGAAAACGAAGUAUAA